CUAAGAAGGAAGAAGUCCUGGGAACUAGUAUUAUCCUAGCGAGGUAAACAGUGGCAAGCCUGGGGCUGACGAUUCCUCAACAUGGCGGUCGAAGAGCACGAGGAAGAUGAGGAGUCGAAGAAAGAUUGUCAACAAAAACAGCCUGUUAAGCUCAGCCACAAACAGUUUAGAAGGCUUGUCAAAAAGGAAAGACGGCGCCAGAAAAGACAAGAAGCAGCUAAGAAGAGAGAACAGGAGGAACUUGAAGAAAAGUGGAGAAUAGAAAAUGAUCCCAUAUUAAGGGCUAAGGUAGAGGCAAAGGAAAGAGCGGAAAAGAAGAGAUUGUUGGAAGAAGAAGAGGAAAGAAAAACUCAGCAUCACUUGUGGUUGGAAAGGGAAGCUAUUGCACAAGAAAGAUUCAGAAAGAAAAAAGAGGAUGAAGACAGAAAGUUGAGAGAAAAAUUGGAACAAGAGGAAAGAAUCAAGAGAGAGUGGGAAGAGGAACAGAAAAGGGAGAAGGACAAGGAAGAAAGGAAACAACAGGAAAUCAAAGAGAAAGAGGUGAUAUCACUGUUGAUGGAUUUGGUUAUUCACUGGUGUUCCAGGCACCAUCCUCGACCCAACUCCAGUGUAACUCUAAUGAUUCCUGGCAUGUACAACGACAUUCGUCUGUCUCAAUCCAUGCUUGACGAGGCUGACCAAGAUACAAGUUUAGAGUACGACGAAAGGGAUACUUUUGAAAGUUUCAAGCAGUUUUACCAAGACACUUUGCCGGAGUUUAGAAAGGCCGGCACUGUUGUACAAUUUAAGGUGUGUUGUAACUUCGAGCCUCACUUGAGAGGGAAUGUCUACGUGCAGUUUUCUAGUGAAGAGGAAUGCGCCAAAGCCUAUGCAAUGUUUAACGCCCGUUGGUAUGCAUCAAAGCAGCUCUCAUGUGAAUACUCUCCUGUCACCAAGUGGAAGUCAGCAAUAUGCGGACUUUUUGGGCGCAACCGAUGUCCAAGAGGCAAAAACUGCAACUUCCUGCAUGUAUACCGCAACCCAGGAGAUGAGUUCGAUUACAGAGAGGACUUGUCACCAACCCGCACCCCAUUCAACGGUGGCCGGGCUUCCGAGAGAUCCGAGAGAAGCUGGUGGCGUGAUCACUGGAGAAGACGCAGAGAUCUAAAUCGAGACAGAUCGCGGGAUAGAGACUGGGAACAAGACAGGCACAGAAAGCGAUAUGAUAGGGACCAGAGCCGAGAGAGAGAUGAUGAACGCGGCCGGCAUCGGAGAAGAAGUAGGGAGAGAGAGCGCAGUAAACAAACAGACAAAGAAGAGAACAGGGAACUAAGAACAAAAAGGAGAAACUACAGUGAUGACGACGAAAGCGAAGGGGAAACAGAAAACAAUGAAAGACUGUCUCCUAUUGUUGGUGAAAGUAAUACAGAAAUUGGCAGCAGGGACGGUGAGCAGCAACACGAACUAACAGAGAAGCCAGCAGACCGAAAGCGGAAGCAUCAUUCAUCGGACAAGCACAGCCAUCGACGAAAAUCCAAGAAGAAACACAAACACAAAAGCGAACGGAAGAAAAAGAAAAAACGACGCUACAAGGGUGAGCGCGAAACUAGCAGUACAGAAAGCGACAACGAUCAGGAUGAACAUUAGUCUUUCGUUUAAAUUAUGUACCAGAAACUCGUUCUUCAACGAAGUAAUAGAAUUUAUGUUCUCGUUGUCGGGCACUCGGUGAGCAGUUGCCGGGAAGGUUUGGUUACCAAUUCUUAGUGGUCCUAAUGAGGUGAACGAUUGAAAUAGUUUCCCAUUUCAUUUUACAACCGACGAUGACCAAAAGUAGAAGCCUUAUUUCUACUGAAUAACGCUAAUCAAAAAGGAAAUUGAUAGUUUGCUGUUUUUCAUGGCUGUUGUAAUACUCUGAUUAAUUUGUGGCGAUGCGCAGUUUGUGGCCACGCCUAGUUUUCAGAAAUGUGUGGUUUUUGCUUGUGAGAGAAAUUAGAGCGUACGAAGUGGUUCGCAGUGGAUGCCGCAUCCGGUACCAAGUUGGGCGUAAUUUGAUCCUGUUUGUGAACAAAAAAGUUAUCUUUUACGCAAAUGCAAGCAUAAAACUGUACUUGUUCUCUGGACUAUUCUUGUACUGUUAUUUCACUUGGAAAGUUUAUUUAACGCCUCUAUAUGCGUUAAAUUCCAAGGAGGGGCCACAUUUAAAGCAGCGUUAAAUUCAGCGGUUAACACGGAACAACGGUGCCAGAAUUUUUGUAGUGUCUAAUUUCGGGUCUUGGCUCUUGGCUCUUGGUUUCUUCAGACUGUCCUGGAUUUCGAAUGGUGCUUCAUCAUGGGCGACACCUAAGGGUACUGCCAAUUCUGGGAAGGUAGAUAAGUUUGGGCAGCAUCUUGUUAUGCCUUAGAUAUGGGUGGGCGAUAAGCUCCGGUUCCCAUCCUGGGUUUCAGUAGCUUUUUUUCUCUAGUAACACCUAAUAAAUAGGAAAAUCUAUUGAAUCGUUCACGUAUUGUCGCCAUAUGCUCGACAAGAAUACGUCUCGAUUACGUUCAAUGAAAAUGUUGGACCACACUUAAUUGACCUCUAUUUCUUCACUGUUAAGCUCAGUGAUGUCAAACAGGGAAUUUUAUUAACAAAGUGUUUGGAAUCAAG